AGUGUUGUUUCGAACACGACGCCGAACACGACGCGUGUAAAAGUGAGCCCCUUCGGGAGGAGACCCUGUUGUGCACUUUUAGGGGUGCAAGGCAGUUGUUCAGCAGCUCUUUUUUUUCCUGGUCGGCCGGUCGGUCGGGAAAGCGUCGGAAUCGGGACAGGGUUGCGAAAGACCGAGGCCGAGUCAGUGUUUGGAGGAAAAAUCGUUGCAAUUGAAUGAAGUAACAGUUCGCGUUGGAUUGUGUCUUAUCGGUGUUGGGAAAUCUUUGUGAUCCGAUUAUUUCGGUGUCGAUUUGGUUUUUCGUGGAAAACGUUUUGAUUUUCGGUUGAUUGUGAAGAUAUUUAAUAAAUACAAAUAAUAGAUGUUCAAUUAGUGCUUAGUGCAAAAUAGAAAGUCCUAUAAGCUUACCGCUUGCGUAGAGUGCCCUUUCGAUAGCUGUUAUCUGCAAAAGGUAGUGUAAAUGUGAUAAGCAUACAUACAAUAUUCAUAACGUGGAGAACAACGGCAAAAUUUGAUCGCAGUGCUUGAUGAAGAAGCCGCUUCUUGGAAGGAUGCCAUCCAUGCCGGGAAGCAACAAUGUGUCGCUGUUAAAAACGAUUACACUGCAAUCCCAAGAAAAGCCUUUCUGAUGUGGGGGAGGUUGGAAGUACGUGCAUUUUUAAUAAGAAAGCUUGACUCGACGAUGAAAGAGCCUUCUUCAGGUGUUCCUCGGUGCGAAAGUGUUGAAAAUUGUGCGGCUUGUAUCUGUAUAUACGACCAGAAGUAACGGAGCAUGUUAUUGCGUAUGGUUGUCGUCGUCGUUUCUGCUGCUGUUUCUGCUGCUGGUGGGAAAUCCAAUUAGGAAGAAAACGAUAGUUUACCUGGGAGUUGAGAACAACAACCUGGAAAAUUUUCCUGAGGCGUUUGCGUCUUGCCGAGGUUUUGUGCUGCAGAGGGAAUUGUGAAUACUUUGUGGAAGGGAAAUUACGACAUCAUAGAUUUUAUGUGAGAGAAGAAAUUUGAUGAUGAACGAAAAUUGUGUUACCAGUGAGUGCAGACUGCGUUCCAGUUCUUGUGGAUACCUGCUGUGAGCGUGGAAAACUAUCAGGACCAAAUGACUCAUUACAACGAAGAACAGCGUACAAAAACAGACAAUUAAACUUCGAAUCGUUUUCCACUUGGCAAGUGCUCUUGAAACCAAUUUUCUGCUCGAAAGUUCCCAUCUCAUCUCAAGACGAGGACAAGAAAAUCAGCGAGGACAAAAGCUACAAAAAGAAUAUUCCGCCUGACAAGACAACACUGAGACAAGUUGAUUCUAGCGGAACCGAAGAAAAAUCUGCGACAAUUUUUUUUUUCUUUCUCUCGUCGUCUCAAUUGAAAUUAAAAUCUUUCCACCAACGAGACAACGUCGGAAACAGCUGGGAAAAAUCGAUUGAUUGGCACACUGCUUAGGAAAAUCAUUUCCCUUCGCUAGAAAUUGUGACCAACGGCAGACAACGGGAAGAAAACUGCUGAGUGAAUUUCUGUGUAACAAUCGUUAUUUUUUGUCCUGAGUUUUUGUUGUCCUCGUUCAACCAUCAACCAUCACAGAAAAGGGAUCCACAACAGGACCAGAAGAAGGCACACCAGCUGAUCAGCACACUCAAAAGGUGAAGAGAAUCCGCCGGAAGAAAGGUGUGGGAAAAAAGUCGUCGGAAGUCGCUGUGAUAAGCUUGAAGUUUCUGUGAAAGGAAAAGUGAUAAAAAUGGCACCGCAGUCGUUUUCUCUCGUCUUCGCUCCUAAAUAUUAUGGGUUUGAAUGGCCUUUUGCUUCUUGAGCUGGGUGUCGUCACCGAUAGCAGUCCGUAGGCCACGCGACUUGUUUGUAAAUCUUGCCGUAGUACAUAGUAGUUUGUCACUUCCUAGAAGAGCAGGUCGAAGGGGAAGGCGCGUUUGUUGAGUCGGAAAACCGGAAGAAAGAGUUUCGGGGGUGGUUUGUAACAGGAAGGAAACUUGUGAAGAAGCGAAUCAAUAUUGGGGACUGUUUGCUGUGCGGAUUGAGCACUUCGCGGGAAGGAUACUUCCGGGAAAGUUUGCACGCACAGAUUGGAGGAAGCAUUUCGUAAUACUUGGAGUUUUCAACGAGUUCGGCAGCGGAGCCUUCCCGGAACGAGGACGCGCAGCAUGCAGCCAGAUAUAAAGGUCACCACCGCAGUCAGUCGCCACCAGGACUAAUUGUUACCGCACCUCCCUGAGACUAGGAAAAAAUAUAUGCGCCGACAACACGGUUGAAGAUUAAUGACCAAUUAAUUUGCUCCGAGACCCUUCCAACAAACCCUCGUCACACCCUCUCAUCGUUUUUACUUCACUUUCACUCAUCGGCCGCCCUUCGAGUGCUCCUGGAUGGCAAUGACUCUUAAUUUGAGGACGAUACCGCCGUUUACCGUCACGAAUCAGCAGCCACAAAACGACUACGACUAUGACCGCCUUUUAGUGGGGACCAUUCGACCUUACCAGGAUACCUAAAAACGUGGCGCUUUACGUGCGCAGGCUGCCAUUCAUAAGCAAAAAAAUAUAUAAAAACCAUCCACUCAAAUAACGGGAGCAAAACAUCUUCAUUACCGCAGUCGGAGAGGCCAGGGAAAAAAGAACAACCGUGUUUCGCCGGUUGGACAGUUCAGCCGCGCCGGUAGAUGACCAACAAAAUGGCCAAACAUCAUCAUCAUCACCAACAUCACCCCCAGAACACGAACCGGUCCCCUCGGCUGCGCUACAUGACCUCCCACUCCCAGUCCUUUAUGAGCGAAUGCGGCGAAAUGACCGAGAUGAUGUCGCUGGACGAGUCGGACAAUUUGCUGGACGAACGCUACGGAGUUUCCGGCCCGUCCAUCCAGGUCAUCAGCGGUUCGGCAUAUAAUGGGGGUUCAGCAGGCCCUAGCAGCCAUCAACAGAACCAGCAACAGCAGCAACAACAGCGGAUGGAAGAGUUGGGUAUAGGGUUCAGUGAUGGGGGUUACAACAGUAAGCUGCUUUCGCCGGCGGUGACGAUUGUGGAGAUGACCGCCGGUGGAUUGCUCCCGAAUGCCGGAAAUAUGCGGAAGAAGAAUUUCAAAAACAAAUCGGCGGCUGCAGCGGCGAUGGCCGCCACCGGAGAACAGGCUUCGCUCAACGCAAUCGGUCUCCAGCUGUCGGUGGACCGGGGAGGUCCGCAGGAGUGGGGCGAAGCAACCCGCAGCUACGUGAAGGCCCAGCGACGGCACGCCGGAAGGGCCACAUUCCAGGGCCAGGUGUACAAUUUCUUAGAACGCCCCGCCGGCUACAAGUGCUUUGUUUACCAUGUCGCAGUGUGGGGGAAGUGUGUGGGAGUUCGUGGGGGCAUCGAUUUUUCAAUCAUUCUCAAGGUUUGCAAUCUGAUCGCUGCUGGUUGUUGGAAAGAGGCUUGCCAAUUGUUGCAAGCGCGAUUGUUGAAUGGAAGGCCUUCGGGUGUCUGA